AUGUUUCUGGUACUUAAAAGGGCACCAUUGCGAGUGCAGUCUGUUCGGGCAUUCACUAUGGUCCGCCGUGUGGCGCCUUUGAAGAAACCGGCUGCAGAAUCUACGGAAGAAGACGCAACGUCUUUCGUGGAGAAAGCAUCUGUCCCCACGGCGCAAGAGCGAGUAUCUUUCCACGACGCCCCCGUUAUUUCUCAGAAGGAAGGGAUUGAUUGGUCUGAUUCUUUCCAUGGUCUCGGUCAAGCUUCCUUCUCCAAAGAAGUGACCGACAUUUUGUUGGCACCUUUGGCUAACGAGGAUAUAGAGAUCAAGCCUGAUGGGCUUCUCUAUUUGCCGGAGAUCAAGUACCGGCGUAUUUUGAAUAGAGCAUUUGGACCUGGUGGUUGGGGGUUGGCUCCAAGAACUGAAACAUUCAUCACUCCUAAACAAGUAAGCAGGGAGUAUGCUUUGAUUUGUCAAGGCAGGCUAGUUUCGGUGGCAAGAGGUGAGCAAGACUAUUUUGGAGGAGAAGAGAAACUCACUACAGCGUUGGAAGGUUGUAGAAGCAAUGCAUUGAUGAGAUGCUGUAAAGAUUUGGGAAUAGCGAGCGAGCUAUGGGAUCCAUCAUUUAUUCGCAAAUGGAAGAAAAAGUAUUGUGAUGAAAUGUUUGCUGAGCAUGUUGUGAACAAAAGGAAAAAGAAGUUGUGGAAGUUGAAAAGUAACGACUUUGAGUACCCGUACAAGGCCUGCUGA